UCGCUAAUUAUUCAAGACUCGAGCUUACUUCAUAAUUUAAGAGCAACAAAUGUGUUUUUUUAUAUCUUACCACAAGGAUACACGCUCUGCCGCGUCCCCUUCCUCGAAAUAAUCGCAUUUUGUAUCGUAAUCUACAUUUUACAUUAAACACGCGACAUGCCUUAUGCCUCCUAAUUCUGACAAAAAACGUCAAAAUUUGAAAAAAUGACCGAAAUUAAGCUCGCAGUCUAUGCCCCUUUUGAAGUAAUAACCCAUAACAAACCCAACGAUUGCUGGUUGUCCCUUCUCGGGCGAGUCCUCGAUGUCACACCCCUUGUGAGAGAGUACAAAGACAAAGAUUGUAUUAAACCGAUCCUUGCUUUCGCCGGCAAAGACGUUAGCCACUGGUUUGACGAGAAAACUGGGGAAAUUCAACAUUUUGUUCAUCCUGUGACCGGUGUCCUUGUUCCUUAUUGCCCCCAUGGACCUCUUCCAGACGUCGCCUGUCAGGUACCAUCGACAACGUGGAGGCCACUUGAGGGGACCCCGUGGUGGUUAGACAACAAGUACCAAAUUGGGGUUUUAACCAAACUAGUGCGUCCGAUUAAAAUAAUAAAUAUUUUGCUGGGGAAGGCCGUUGUGAUAAAUGUGUGUUGCGAGGAUAGUUUUUACAGAAUUCAAGAACGCUACUCGUUGUAUACUUCAGAACCUGAUAGUUACACUUGGGUUUAUAUGGAUAAACUGAUCGAAAUGGACAAGACCAUGGACGAGAAUGGAAUCCCCGACGAUCGCGAAAAAAUGGCCGAAUUAGGAAUACCAAAAAGUUUCUUCGUCCCAAGUGUCAAUCUUUAUUUCAACGACGAUCUGAGACACACUGAAGACCUGACUGACGACGAGGAUGAGCUAGAUGCAGAAAUUUGUUGCACUUGCCAAAAGGAUGAUGAAAAAAUAAUGUAGAAUUUUUACUAAAACGAUAAAUUUAUAGAUCGUAUAAAGAUAAUAGUAAUUAGUGCGAGUGUAUUAUUAUUGUUGAAGCAUAUGCUGUUUAAUUUGCAAAUGUUGGCGAACCAUAAAAAGUUAACGAAACCAAGCGGAAAACACAAUGAACCUUUUGCAGUCAUUAAAAUUGAAACAAGUGGAAAAAUAAUU